AUGAAAAUGUCACGACCCCUGGUGCCGGCCACCUACCUGCUCCUCCUGGUGGUGCUCUGCAUUUCUGGUCCCAGCCCAGUUUGCUCCUACGACAACUCGCACGUCGCGCACCACCCACUGGACGCGCUGUUUCGCCCGCAACCGGCCGCCGAGAAGCAUUCCGGACCGGUGACGGGUGCCGUCACGGCCGGUGGCAGCGUUGGCGCGUCACAAGUUUCUCACGGUUCAUUAGCGCCCGAACAGCACCAUCCUUCGGCGAUGCUUCAGCUAGACUCACAGCAAAAGCCACCGGUUCCGAGUCCCUUCCAAUCGCUCGCUCCAUUCGUGGCGCAACAUCGCGGUGUUAUGAGACGCCGGGCGGUGGUGGAGCCCGGUGGAGUGGGCAACCGUCAUCGCUGGCACGCAGAUCAAAGACCGGCGGUGUUCGGCAACGAUGUCGUUCCGGCCUUUCGGGCCGUUCCGGCGCUCGAUAUCGGUCGCCCUGGCAGCGACGAAGAUUUUGCCGACCAAAGCUACCCCGGGGGACUGGAGCAUCCCGUCGCCCUCGAUCCGGCCGAGAACGAGAUCGGUGACAGCCCACUGUCGGUGGUCGCCCUCAGCCCACUUGGUCGACCCCGGCUGGACAGCGGAGGGGCUGGGGAUGGCCGCGCGAUGGAGAGCAUCGAUCUGAUCCGCGAGCAGCUGGAGCGCAUCAAGCAGGAGGAGGACAUCGAAAUCAAAUCGAAUCUGCUGAUGAAGCUGUUGACGGAAUUGCCCGAGGGACCGCUGCCGAUUGUGUACAUCGAGGACGCGGCGGGACUGGCCGGUGCGGUUGGCAAAGUCGACGAUGCGACGGAUGACGACACGGACGAAGACAACGACGAUGGCGACGGCGACGAGGAGGAGGAGAACGAGGGCCGCAUCGUGACGGGGCAGUUCACGCCGAAUGGUGGCAAGCGGUCCGGGCGUUACUACCGGCGCUAUCCUUGGAAACGUCAGAAUUCACGCAGUCGAACAUACGAUGCCGAAGCUCGCUAUCUGUGCGUGCCGAGCCGGGAGGACGUCUUCAAGCUGCUCGUCGGUCUGCACGAGAACCGGGUCGGCAACCACCAGCGGACGGUCAACUUCUGCAACCGCAAGCGUCCGGCGAAGGCCAUCUUCACAAACAUCCGCUUCCUGGGCUAAGACUCUUGCUCUUCGGGAGUUUUUUUAUUCGCACGCGACACGAAACAGAUACGACACGACACAGAGACGGUGAAUCGAAGAAGGAUCACGGUGCAUGGUUGACUGCUCCCUCCCAAAUCGUUGCACGUCCCCCAUCCCAAAUAGAUCCCACCCCUUGACGCUUCCGAUGUGGUACCGAAGAGGUUAAAGGAAAAGGCAGGAAAGUUUUCCAUUGUCCGCCCGUGUCCGAGUCAGCUUUAUCCCGGCCUGACAUUGCUCCAAUAACGAAUGUCCGUCGGGAGUGCUGGAUGGAGGAUGAAGUAUGUGAAACAAAUGAGCGCUCAUACAUACACACACAUACAUAUACACAUUUUCUACCCAAAGCAUAAAAAGCGAAUGAAAAACAACAUGACUAUCCUCACAUCGCAUCGUAUCGCAUUAAUCCUCCCGUUGUCAUUAGAUAAGUUUAGGAUGUUGCAUACUUCGACGCUCGGAAGGAGCUCACCGGUAGGUCUGAAGAGUACAGAAAAAUACUAAUCGAAACCUGGAACCUGGGGAGAGGUAGACUUAGGCCAACGAUAAGUCGUGGCAACCGAACGCGGCUCAAACGAUAUGUUGGGCACACUUAAAACGAUCGACCUGUAUGAUAGCUCUCGUGCGUCGGAGUGUGAGGUUUUCUCGAUUGCAGAAGAUCGUAUCGGCGAUCUGUCAUGUUGAUGUCCGGAAGGCAGCUAUUUCCUUAGGUAUCGGUAUCCGAGACAGCACGCACGUCGGUGGCCGUUGAGUGGGUGGUGGCAAUCUUGUAAAAACAAAAGUGUCCCAGGGGCAGGAUUUACGCAAGCAUACAAGUAACUAAGUCAAUCCUUUAUAGAAGUAGAACUAUCUGAAACCAUAUAAAAAAAAACAUUCAUCAUAGGAAGGAUGGAGUGGAGAGAAUAUUUAAAAUAAUAAUAAAAAGUACAUAUUAAAAUACGCAUACAAAACAAGAAAAAAAAAAGCACAACUAAAUACACAUGCACAACGCAAAAGUUUCCAUUUACAUUUCUCAACCAAACGAA